GUGUGUGAUGCAGACACAGUACACGCUCAUGACAGAGGAUCUGUUGUCCGGUAAUAGCGCACAAAGAGGCCUUUUCACCAUACGGUUAAAGGUAAACCGUAUGCUAUUACGGGGCAAAAUAAGUCGGGUGACUAGCGCACACGAUUUCCUUUAACUAAAGAAUGAAAUCCUCAACGUUUGUUUGUGUGUAACGUACGCGCUCCUCUCCUGUAAGCUCGCGGAUACUGAGAGGAAUAAAGACUGAAGGCAUGAAACUGACUGGAGUUCACAGCGUUCUUUGGGACAAUGAGAGGCUUGCAGAGGGGAGGUAAAGAAUGCAAGUGACCAAUAUUGGCGGGAUCACUGAAUUGUCACCAUGAAAGCAGGGAAUUCAAGAUGUGCUUUCUCCCUGGGCUUCCUGGUGGGCAGCUGCACCUUGUACGUCUUCUUGAGACAGGUGUGGUUUGAGAAGAGCUUCGGCUGGAAGCUUGAUGGCAAGAGCAACCCUGCUCCACUUGGGCCUGAACAAAACACCCCCAACCUUACCUGGAAAGUGGAAGGAUCUGCCCUGAUCAACCUCAAACACCCUCACCAGCCAGGAGAGGACAGUCACAUCGCAGAUGAGCUGUUUAAGAAAGUGCGUAUCUUGUGCUGGGUAAUGACAGGGCCUAGUAAUCUACAGUCAAAGGCUUGGCAUGUGAAGGCAACAUGGAGCCGUCACUGUAACGUAGUGCUGUUCAUGAGCUCUGAAGAAGACCACAGCUUCCCCACAGUGGGCCUUGGCACAGGAGAAGGCCGCGACCAGCUCUACUGGAAGACCAUUCGUGCUUUCCACUAUGCUCUGAAGAACCACGGCGAUGAGGCAGACUGGUUUCUCAAAACCGACGAUGACACGUUCGUCGUUGUGGACAACUUGCGCUGGGUCUUGUCAAACUACACGGCAGAGCAGCCCAUAUACUUUGGAAAGAGAUUCAAGCCGUACGCCAAGCAGGGCUACAUGAGCGGUGGCGCAGGUUAUGUGCUCAGCAAAGAGGCCCUGAGAAGGUUUGUGGAGGGUUUUAGCACUAAAGUGUGCACUCAUACCACCUCAGUAGAGGAUCUAGCAAUGGGUCAGUGUCUGGAGAAAAUGGGGGUGGUAGCAGGGGACUCCAGGGACACACUACAACGUGAAACCUUCCAUCCUUUCAUUCCUGAGCACCAUCUUACAGGAAAGUUCUCCAAGACCUUCUGGUACUGGAACUACUGCUUCUACCCAAUUGUAGAAGGCCCACAGUGCUGUUCUGACCUAGCUGUGUCUUUCCACUACGUAGACCCUGUGCUAAUGUACACUCUUGAGUACUACACUUACCGUCUGAGGCCAUAUGGCUACCGACACCGCUACCAGCCUCCAGUGCCUGCUGUACUGUCUUUAGCUUCCCACACUGGGAAACCUACCACAGAAGCUCAGAGAUUAGAUGAGCGUGUUAAUGAAAAGUCAGCUCCAACAAACACCAUGAAUCCCAGAGCUGAGAAAGGGAAGACUACUGGAACAAGUCACAAAGUCACAAAUGCUGCCCAGGGGAGAAACAUAACGGACAGAAGCACUGCAUGAUUGUUAACAUGAUUGUUUCUUCUUAAAUACAAAAUACAAAAUGAACGCAUGUAGCAUUUUGAAUCAUCCAGACUGUGUACUGUGCAAAUGGAAUGGUGUAGUGGUUACAGGUCUGGGCUAAUAACCAAAAGCUGUAGGUUCAAACCUUAACAAUGAACAAAUUUAGUCCUUAUUGCUGUUGAUCAAGUAACUUGACUGGUUGUGCCAGUAAUAAGUCAACUGUAAGUCACUUCGAAUAAGUGUUUGCUACUCCACGAAUUUGUUAAUACGGUCCCUGCUAUUUGAAUAAGUUAUUUUGCUGCCUUCUAGUCUGAGUACAGUAAAA